UGUGUCCGACUCUCUUCUCCUGCAAUGAGCAACAAAUUCCUGGGCACCUGGAAACUCAUCUCCAGUGAGCGCUUUGAUGAUUACAUGAAAGCUCUGGGUGUGGGCUUAGCCACCAGGAAACUAGGAAAUUUGGCCAAGCCAACCGUGAUCAUCAGCAAGAAAGGGGACUAUAUAACCAUCCGAACUGAAAGCACCUUUAAAAACACAGAGAUCUCUUUCAAACUGGGCCAGGAAUUUGAAGAAACCACAGCUGAUAAUAGGAAAACUAAGAGUGUGGUCACCUUGGAGCGAGGCCUUCUAAAUCAAGUGCAGAAGUGGGACGGCAAAGAGACAAUAAUAAAGAGAAAGCUGGUGGAUGGAAAAAUGGUAGUGGAAUGCAUGAUGAAGGGCGUGAUCUGCACCAGAAUUUAUGAGAAGGUUUGAGAAAAUCAUUUCCUCACGGAAGUAAUAUGUGAUCAUUUAUCUUGAAAAGCAGUUGUUUUCAUUGUGAAGAUCUGACUAGAUCUAAGUUUACUUGUUUCUUUUGGACUUCAUCUUCACCCAUUAGAUUGGCAAAGGUUUAAGUUGAGAAUUAGUCUAAAAUUUGCUGCUAUUUAAACAUUUCAAUUUGCAUAAGUGUCUUCUCUGUAUUAAAGCAUAUGCACCGGCCGUACCUAAUUUGACAAUGUUACUAAUUAUUCGUGAUAUUCUGACCGAUCCUGGACUGUGAUUAUUUAAAAUAAUCAUCAAACAGUAAUAAGACUUUAAAAGGAAGCAGAAGUGUUGAUCAGGGGUAGCACACCUGUACAUUUUCAGGGGCCAGGAGAAUUAUUAGGUAGAAGACUCAGAAGCAAAGCAACUCAGCAGAAGAAGGUACUUCAAUCAAAGAUUUCAGUCUCAGCUGAAAUGAGCAGCUUGUACUCCAGUCAAUUAGUUUUUAAUUGAGGGCUAAUUCAGAGAGUGAAAUGUAAAGAUGUUAAAGGCAGAGUUGAAUGCUUCACUGAAUAACUCAUGAUUGAGACACAAAACAUGUUCUGUGUUCCAGGAAGCCACUGCAAGCCUCACCCCAGGCAGUGUCCAGCCCUGUCCUGCCCCCCAAAAAACAAGUGCAGUAGUGAUUCAAUCCUAUCACCAUAGGUUAGAUUUGCCCAAGCAUGUUAGUGGAAUCAGGCAUUAUCUAUUCAUUUCUGGCUGCCUUUUUAAAUUCAGCAUAAUGACUUUCAAAUGUAUUCAUACUGUUGCAUGGAAUCUCAGUUUGCUCUUUAGUAUUGCCAGAUCGUAUUUCAUGAUAUGGAUGUGCCAGUUAUCUGUCAAUCUUUCUGUGAGACAAUUCUGCUGUUACCAGAUUUUGGCCACUAUGAAUAAAG